AUUUUAAAGUUUAAAAUGAAAAUCUCUUUUUAUGACAAUGUACUAAGGGAAUCUAAAGGCAUAAUUCGACUUAAGAUUUCUAAACUGAAAUUACAAAAUAACAUCCUAUGAAAUAUUUUUAGUGACGGAAGAAAAUUUAAAAAUGAAUGAAAAAUAAUUUAAAAUUGGUAUAGCUGUUCAAAAAAAGCCAAAAAAAUAUUAAAUAACCUCACCCAUUUUCUAAUGCCAGUGAACAAUACUUGCCAAACUCAAAAAUGCUUGGAAAGCCUUUUCAACUUACAUUUUUGUUACUACUUUUCUUAUCCUAUUUUACAACCUGUUUGGUCAGUUUUAGAUCUUCGAUGGCCAAUUUUCUUAGAUAUCUCUCUUGUUACAAAGAGAUUAUCAUCAUAGCUAAUAGAGCAUACAUCUUAUUCAUAGAAACGAAAGCCCUUCAACAUUUUGUAGCUCGUACUUUUCAUUUUCUUAAACAUUUUCCUUUUAUGGUUUCCAUUUUAUUGUCCCAUGUUAAAAAUACCAACCAUACUUACAUACUAAGAGGGAAUUAUGAAUGGAAGCGCCUCGUAACUUUUAGCAAAGCAAAUUUCUUUUUUUUUGUAUUGUCCACACUAUUAUGUUCUUAAAAAAUAAUUUGACAAACGCCUUUUGUACCAUUAUUGGGAAAUUAUUUUUUAAGUUCAUUUGUUUGUUGGACGCAACUAGAUUAUGCACAAGC